GCCUUCCGAUCGUAACGUAGGCACGCAUGGCACCGGAAGCGGAAGCGCUUGAGAAGUUCCGGCGGAAGUGGCCGUUGUCCGGGGAGACGCAGCGCUGUGGUGGGAAUGCGGUGGCGGCUGCUGCUGGCGCUGGCCGGGCUCGGCUGGGCCCUCCCGGACGGGGCGGUAACGGAGCCGGGCGCCGGCGGUUCCGCGCCGGUCAGCGGCGAAGCGGUGCGGUACCGGACGGCGGAGAUAGCUGACGCGAUGCUGGGCAGCGAGCCGCCGGGUCAGCCACCCGUGGUGCUCUCAGCGGUGCCGGGAGAGGCGAGGGAAGGGCGGGCGUCGGAGGCUUGCGAGGCGGCGGCCGUUGGAGGGGAAUGCGGCGCUGGGAGCGGGCCCGCUGCUCCUCCCGCCCCGCCCGAAGCGGCCGUCGUGCUGGAGACCGUGCUGCCCGCCGGCGAGGAGCCCAACGGCACUGCCGAGAGCGUGAAGGCCCCCAAGGUGAGCUGCGAAGAGAGGAACGUUACCGGUGUCAGCAACUUCACGCUGCAAAUCCUGAACGUGUCCCAGGAUCUGAUGGAGUUCUUAAACCCCAACAGCAGUGACUGUACAUUGGUCCUGUUCUAUACGCCGUGGUGCCGCUUUUCCGUAAACCUGGCACCUCACUUCAAUUCCUUACCUCGAGCAUUUCCUGCUCUUCGCUUCCUGGCACUGGAUGCAUCACAGCAUAGCAGUUUAUCAACUCGGUUUGGAACUGUAGCUGUACCCAAUAUCCUCCUUUUCCAAGGGGCUAAACCUAUGGCUAGAUUUAAUCAUACAGACAGAACGCUGGAAACACUGAAAGACUUCAUUUUUAAUCAAACAGGUAUAGAAGCUAAAAGUGAUGUGACUGUGACAGAGGAAGACUGGAAGGGGCCUCUGCCCAGCGUUCUGACAAAAGGAGUAGACUGGCUGCUCCUGUUUUCCGUGCUCUUUCUGGCUAGCUUUAUCAUGUAUGCUACCAUUCGGACUGAGAGCAUUCGGUGGCUGAUCCCAGGGCAAGAGCAUGAACACCAAGAGUGAUUUGAGAUGCUGAAGCAGGGGCACAAUUCCCAAGUGUAAAGCAGGAUUUGCGUGGACUGAAUGAAGUGCUGAAUUUGUUGGUUGUCAUUUAUAAUGUUGACAGAAAAUCCGCUUUAUUUACCAACUCCCGAGUCUGUAAAAAGCAAACUGAGGUAAACAGAGUGGUAAGUAAACUAAUAUGAAGAAACGUGAACUAAAAAAGUAUUUAUUAAAGUGGUCUGACCUGUU